AAGCUAUAGUGUAGCCACUUAGCGUUCAUGAAAUGGCGUCAGGUAAAAAAGUUGCAAUUAUCGGAGCAGGUAUUUGUGGAAUCUCCAGUGCAAUUUGUUUACAAGAUGCUGAUCCUACGCUGGACUUGACCAUAAUUGCCGAUCAGUUCUCUCCAAACCUUACCAGUGAUGUUGCUGCAGGAUUCUGGGACCCUGUGUUUCUGAAAAAUACACCACUUGAGAAACAAAGAAUAUGGGGCAAAGCAACAUUUGACUAUCUGAGAACCAUUGUAGACACAGAAGAAGCUUUUAAAUAUCAAAUGAAUUAUGUAACAGCUUAUGAACUUUAUGAUGAACCAGCUAAAGAAUCUCCUUUCAGCGACAUUUUUUUGUAUUUCAAACGCCUUUCAAAGGAAGAGCUACAGCGGAACUUUCCCAAUGAUAUAAUCAAUGGCUUUGUAAUGAAGUCCAUUAUGAUCCCUGGAACACCCUACAUAACUAUCAAGUUAAAAGAAUUUCAACAGAAAGGAGGGAAUGUUGUUCAAAAGAAAUUAAUCUCGUUUGAUGAGUUGGCAGGUAGAUAUGAUGUUGUUGUGAAUUGUACAGGUCUUGGCGCAUAUAAUUUGUGUCAGGAUGCCUCCCUUAUCCCAUGGCGAGGACAAGUUUUGAAGAUGAAAGCCCCUUGGUUAAAACAUGCCUACAUUUGUACAAAAAAAAAUGAAGAAAAACAAGGUUUAGUUACUUACAUUUUUCCAAGAUUCAAUGAUGUAGUUGUCGGAGGAACUAUUCAGUCAGACAACUGGGACACUUGUAAUAAUGAAGAAGAAAUACAGGCAAUAAUUGACAGAGCUGCAGAAUUGGAACCUACCAUCAAGAAAGCUGAACUGAUUAAAGCUAUGGUGGGUUUAAGACCAGUGAGAAAUGGCAUUCGUCUAGAAAAAGAAGUGAUGAAAGUAUCCACCCAAUAUGGAACAAGAAUGAAGCUUCAGGUAGUUCAUAAUUAUGGUCAUGGUGGUGCUGGUUUAAGCUUGUUCUGGGGUUGUGCUCAAGAGUUGUUCAUACGGCAGUAAUAAACCACUGAUGCACUCCCCACCUCAGCACAUCCAAAGAAUCCACACUUUCUGUAUCAGAGUCUUGGGCAACCUAUACCAAGGAUGAUGAAUAAGUGCAUUUAACUGGAAACAUUGGUGCGAUAAUAAGUAAUCUAACUUUAUAUGUUAGAUACAUACCCUCA